UCCUCAAGACACGGCGGGGGUGGUGGCAUUCGAGUGAUCGCGUCGCAUUAACGAAUCGAGCGAAAUAUUUCCACGGGGGAACAAACAAUCCCAGCGGCUAUUCAUUCAACAGCUUUAACAACGUGCUACGUGCCGUGCACUCGCCUCGAGCUCGUAACACGGUAACGAUUUUACGGAGUAGACCGCGGGCGCGGCCCCUCUUGCGUGUGCGGAGAUCCAAACUCGACGUCUGCAGCUCGCGAUCAGAGUUGUUGGGAGCGAAAAUAAAUAAUAAAAAUACCCGCGUCAACAACGAGGAUCACACAACAACAACGACGACAACGCGGCAACAUAAACUCACCAUCGCACACCUUCACUAAAUAACCACGUUAGUAGUCGCCCGGUGGUAGGGGACGACCCCCCCACCCACCCACCCUGCUCGAGUGUUAUUUUACUCGUGAGUAGAUUAGAGAGCGCCGGGAUAUUUCCCUCUUCUUUUUUCUUUCCGCCCCCCCUCCUCCUUGCAAAGCGAGGGAUGCGAGCGGGGACCUCCGUGCAUGGGAGAGGCAAGGGGACGAACACCUCUUGCCCUCGCUGCUGCUGCUGCCGCCUCUCAUCGUGCUCCCUCUCCCGCCCAGACUGAAGCGGGAAACACGCGGAGUCGCUUUCAUUUCCCCCCACCACCCACCCCACUUCCCUCCCUUCCCCACUGAUCCUUCUUCUUCUCCCUCUCUUCUUUCCCUUCUGCUAGCCGCUGCUUGCUCCGGUUCCUACCUGGACUGAACCGGGAGAUGCAUUGAGUCGUGUUGCCCUCCCUGCUGUUCACUCCGUGUGCACUUCCUCUUGCUCGCAGCCGCUCGGGACUGAGAAAAAGAGAUCUUCAUCCUGCUGCAUCUCUUCCCCUCCCGUGCGUCUCCCUCCCCUCUCCGCCAACCCCCUUGCAUCCCCGUCGCUCGCCCAACCACACGGACAACAAUUACAGUAUUACAGCUGUAAAUAACGCAGUGCGCCGGUAGCGGUUACAACAACAACGACGACGACGGCGCCCGGGGAACGAAGACGGCGGCGUGGCGGCAGCGGCCAACAAUUCAUUUCAGCCGCCGCCACCACCAUCAUCACCGUCACCAUCGCUACCACCACCAUCGCUGUACAUAAUCACAAGGACAACACCACGAAGGCGAGCACGACGACGACCACCACCACAAGAUGUCUGCCGCCGCGGCGCGGGCGGCGAGCGGCGGGCGAGACGUGGAGGGGGAGCCCCGCGCCCCGCAGCCGCAGCAGCCGCAGCAGCAGCCGCCUCCCCCCGCUGCUGCUGCCGCCGCCGCCGCCGCGCCCAGAGCCCUCGCGACGCCGGGCGACGCCGCCGCUGCUGCCGCCGGCAAAGCCGCACGGACAUGCGGGGUCGGCCUGGGCGGAGGCGGCGGCGGCGGCAUGGGUAGCCUCGUCGUCGUGAGCGGAGUGGCCCGGUGCCCCGUGAAGACCGCCCCGCCGAGGCCCGAGCAGCAACAGUUUCAUCAGCUGCAGCAGCUGCAGCAGCAGCAGAGGCCGCAGACUGCGACUGCUGCGGCCCCGCUCGGCCCGGCCAAGGCGCCGUCGGACUCCUCCUCCUCCUCCACGCCGCCCUUCAUCGCAGAGAGCGCAGCGAACAGCAGCAGCAGCAACAACAACAUCAUCAGCAGUGGCGGUAUCGGCGUCGUGGUUGGCGGUGCCACCACCGUCACGGCUGCCCCGGCGGUGGCUGCCGAGGGCGGCCAGGGCAGAAGGCGAGGCAGGAAGACGCGACGCAAGAAGUCGGGCGGCCGUGCCAAGGGCAGUGGCGGCAGGGGCCGUGGUGGGGACGAUGGCGGCGACGGUGAUGGCGGUGGUGGUGGUGGUUCGCAGGUCGACCACGUGAAGCAGCUGCUGUUGCUUCACCUGGACAUGAUGGAGGAGCAGCAGCAUCAGCUGCAGAGCAAGGAGAAGGAAAUACAGGCGCUGAAGACGGAGAAGGAAGCGCUGCUGUCUCGGUUGGAGCGCAUGGAGAGGCGAAUGCUGCUGGCACGGAGAGAUGGUGAAAAGAAUGACCAGCAGAUUCGGAGGGACCGCAAGGAGCAGCUCAAGGAGAGGAACGAGGAAAAUGAGGGUCUGGAGGGUUCUCCGCAGGAACAGCCUCCACGGUCGCCCCUGUCACCACAAAAAGCUACAGAUCAGCAUGGCCACAAAAGGCCUCAGAGCCCUGGCGAACAUGACCCAGGGCCCACUGCAAAGAAGCUGGCAAUGGAGAGUGAGAAUGAGAGCAGCCAGCCAAAGGCACUUACGCGAACUCCAAGCAAGCCUGCCAAGGGCAGGACUUAUCACGGAAAGAAUGGGAGAAAGUUCUCCAGGCGCAAAGGCUGGGCCCGAUGCAAAGCAUUGACUGCCUUGAACAGUGCGGCAGAGACGACAAAUGCUGAUUCACUGUCCACAGUUUGCCGCCUGAAAAACAAAACGGACAAGACAGAGGAUUCAAGCCCUGUGCGGGAAUCGUCAGAGCCAUGUGAAACCCCUGAAAUUGUGCGACCGUGGGAAAGGAGUAAGGGAGUGAAUCGUAAAAAGAAUUCAUGCGUAAAAUCUGCUUUGCCUGCGACACCAGAAUUAACAGAAACAGAUAUUGGCAGCCCACGAACACCUUGGCAUAAAAACAAGAAGAAGGUAAACUCAAAUCACCUGUCACAUUCCCCUGCUGAGUUGAGUUCAAAAAACAGCAAAGCCAAGGGUGGCAGUAGGGCAGCAUUGGAGCUUGACACGCCAAGGCCCUCACAGUGGUCAAAGGGCAAAAAAGGUUCGAACUCGGCGAAUCAUUCCCCCAGCUCACCUGCCGAGACCAGCACACCUCAGAGCUCGCGGACAAAGGGUGGCAAGGCCUCAUUGCCGGUUUGCCCCAAACGUUCGGGCUGGUCCAAGGGUGGCAGGGCACGGGGGAAGUGGAGGCAGGCACAUGCCAGCCCGGCACCCGGAGGCUCGUGCUCGCCUCUGCGCGCGUGCACAGCAGACGAUGGACGGGACGAGGAAGAGGACCCUGUUUUACGGACGAGUGAAAUGUACUGGUGUUACCAAUUUCAGCCACCUGCCGUCUCCAUGGAUGAGCCCAUCCUCACAGAGAAGGACGACACUGUCGCAAUUCCCUCAUGGAGAGAAAUUAAACUGGAGCCUUUAGACAAAAUCCAGUCUGAAUAUUUGCUGGAGAAUACUGAAGAUGAAGCCUUCAAUAAGAGACACACCAAACAUGAGUUGGAUGAAAAAAGGAGGAAACGGUGGGACAUCCAGCGAAUUCGGGAGCAGAGGCAGCUACAACGGCUGCGGGAAAGGGCAUUUCGCAAAGAAGGAAUACCUGAACCUGAGCCAGAGAUGUUAUCCUUCUUCCCUGAGCCUGAGGAUGUGGAGGAGUUGGAGGUAACACCAUUGCUGCCUGUCAUUGCUUUUGGAAGGGCUUUACCAAGAUUAUUGCCACAGGACUUUGAGCUACCGUGGCUUGAUGACAGAACGAGGCAGAGGUUGGAAACCCCCAAGAAAACGUCACAUGGCCGAGGGCGGUGCAGGUGAGGUCUGCUUGUCGGCGGGCCCUCAAUCUGUCCAGCUACCAAGGCAAACUCUGCGACUCGGCACACUCCAGCUCGCUCACUGGCGUGGACGAGUGCCGCCGAUCACAAGAUUGCCCGGGAACUGGGGAGGACGGCUUUUGGAAAUGCUGCCGACAUACCAGACUUGAAAUUUUAUGAGACUCGUAAAGAGAUUUUGUGAUGAUGUUUACACGUUCAGGUCCAACGAGGAGACCUCCACAUUUGUUUGCUCAGGCUGUUUUUUCUUACGUUUUCUUUUCUGUUUAUGAAGGUUGCACCUCAUGGUUGUGCAAAACUGAAUGAUGUGAACCAAGAUUUUUUAUCUAAUGGCAAGUUUUGUUGUUUUGGUUUUUUGCUCUGUUGGCUCCACUUUCUACGUGGGUUUGCCUUUUGUCAUUCCUUUAUAUGAUCUCUUAAAACUGUUUUUAUUCGUAUAAGCACAUUUGCACUUGAGCAUGCAUACAAACAGCAUUCAUUUAUUUUAACAGUUGACAAUUUAAAAUACGGGGUAAAGAUGUUGCGUUGACUUAAAAAAAGGCAAGUCUAUCUAACAAAUCACAAAAGAAUCUGUGCAAAUGUUAUUGCCAUCAUUUUUUGUAAGCAUUCUAAUCAUUUGUCCAAAUGACUGCAUCCAUGGUACUGUAACUGCUUUAAUUGUGCUGACAUGCUUGGUGCUUUGUAUUGCCAUUGGAAAGCAGUGUGAUGUAGAUAAAAACGCUCCAUCUUAUAAUCUUCUGUAGACAUUGGUGCUUUGUGCACAGUGUACCUGACAUUAAACUGCACUAUGUAAGCUUCUCUAUGUUUUAAAGCAGUUCUGGAACAUGUGCUUUGCAUCCCAAGUAGAUCUGUAAAAUAGGAAUAUCAAUGAUGGUAAACAUACUUUUUUGACCUCUUAUUUGCAUACCAUUUUCGAGAAGUGCUUGAGGAUUUGCCUCGUUUAAGUGUUUACAAAAAGGAAGGUAAUGUGUAUGAUUUUUUGAUGCACUGAGUAAAGAAUUUGACAAUGUGCAGAUGGAGAACUUACACAAGAUAAUUGACUUGAUGCACUUAAAUAGUCGAAAGACCAACACUUACUGUAUUGCUGCAAAAUAUUGUUUAGUACUAAUACUACAUAUGCACAAAAUUACCUAUUCUCUAGACAAUUUAUUGACCACUUGUUGGUGUGGAUCAUUUGUAGACUUUUGUCAUCUGAAAGCCAUGAAGGUUGAUUUUUCGGCAUAUACACGAUGACACUUGGUUGUACUUUACCAUGACUGCAAGGAUUCAAACUCUUUGGUUUUUUCGGUAAAGUCACGUAGGUAAAAAAUAAAAAUAAAUUAAAUACAUUUUUUACCUACGUGACUUUACCGAAAAAACCAAAGAGUAUGUACUUUACCAGUUUAAUUUUGGCUAUUUUUUUGCUAUGGAGUCUGGUAUGAGCGUCCUAGCAAUUUGGUGCAUCCAAAAUGUCUGAUCAUUCGCAAAUAGUAACAUGGUCCACACCAUUGCUAAAUUAAAGUCUUGGCAAUUUCUCAUCCAUUUAUAAGAGGAUAAGUUUCUCUCGUGUGAUAUGGUGUACAAUACAAUCGUUUAUGUCCAUCGCCCCCCCUUCGAGGUUGAACAAUGCUGAAUUACUUUUGACUGCAAGAUUGUCUUGACACCGAUUGAUUCAAAAGAUCCUCUUGUGUUCAAAGCACAUGAUUCUGAUGCAUAGAUUAAAGAAAAGCUCUAAUGUUAACAUAAAUCCAUUCUAUUCAAGUACCUUGCUUUUUUAGCCUGUGCUUACUGUUUCAAGUGUGUGGUGUGUACUGCACCAUGGCACGUGGUAAAUGUCAAUAUUGUAUUCAGUAUAUUGUGACCACUGGUUUAACUGAAUAUUGUCUUCGUAUGGAGACGGCUUAGAUAAUACAGUGUAUAUAUUGUUUAAAACAGUGACGGAUUCUGUACAGUAAAAACUGCCAUUUAAUGCUGAAAGAUGUUGCUGGGAUGGGCUGUAAAAUGUAAACUAAGGAAUUUGUUUUGUACUGACAAGUUUGUCAUGAAUGUAGAUAAUAAACCGUAAAAUGUUUCUUGUUAAAAGAUA